GAAAUUUAGGUUUUCCAGUGGUCUGUGACUGAGUCGAGAGAAUAAUGGGAGAAUCAGAGAAAAGGACUGCUAGAAAUAAAGAGCUGACUGAAAGAGGUCAAUGGGGCAAUAAAAUGGAGUUUCUAUUGGCCACGGCAGGAAAUAUUGUCGGUCUGGGCAACGUCUGGAGAUUUCCAUAUCUGUGCUUCAAGAAUGGAGGAGGUGCAUUCUUAAUACCUUACAUUCUGUUUGCUGUGACUUGUGGAGUGCCGCUCUUUGUGCUGGACGCUUGUAUCGGCCAGUACACAAAACAGAGUCCAGCAAAAUUCUGGGGAAGACUCUGUCCACUAGCAGAAGGUUUUGGUUAUGGAAGCUAUGUCAUUUCUAUGUACAGCGCCAUUGCCUACAAUAUGCUCCUGGCCUGGGCUCUUUUCUACUUAAUUUCAUCUAUGAGCUUCACAUUACCAUGGACUACUUGUGGUAAUCAUUGGAACACAGUGAACUGUGUAGAACUUCCAUCAAACCAGAGCAAUAUGAUUCUCAACAGCACUCAAGGAAAUUCAAGCAUUUCUUCUGUCAUUGAAUUCUGGGAGGGACGAGUGCUGAACAUAUCCCAAGGUAUAGAUACACUGGGUACUUUAAACUGGGAGAUUCUUCUUUGUUUACUGGCUAGUUGGGUGGCCUGUUACUUCUGCAUCUGGAAAGGGGUGAAAUCAACUGGAAAGGCAGUGUAUUUUACAGCUACCUUUCCAUAUGUGAUGAUGCUCUUGCUGAUGUUAAGAGGUCUAACAUUGCCUGGUGCGCUUACUGGUAUAAAGUAUUACCUGUACCCAAAACCAUCUUACCUCGCAGACUCGCAGGUUUGGAUUGAUGCAGGGACUCAGAUUUUCUUCUCGUACAGUUUAGCAACUGGUAGCAUAGCUGUUUUUGGAAGUUACAAUACAUACAAAACCAACAGCUAUAGAGAUUGCAUUUGGUUGUGUGUGCUAAAUAGCUGCACUAGUUUUGUAGCUGGAUUUGUAGUCUUUUCUAUUCUUGGAUUCAUGGCAGAGAAGUUGGGAGUUGACAUGGAAGACAUAACAGAGUCAGGUCCAGGUCUGGCAUUUAUAGCCUACCCUCAGGCAGUAGCCUUGAUGCCACUGCCACAACUGUGGUCAAGCUGUUUCUUUAUUAUGUUGCUUUUACUGGGCUUGGAUACACAGUUUGCUGAACUUGAGCUGAUAGUCUCCUCUACAAUUGAUGUAUUCCCAAAUGUGCUGAGGAGGCCCUACAUGAGGGAGCUCUUCCUCUUAUUUUUCUGCACUGCCUGUUUCUGCUUUCAGAUUCUAAUGACAACUCAGGGAGGAAUCUACAUCUUCCAACUUAUUGAUUAUCAUGGAAGUAGUGGGGCUUCCAUACUUUUUAUGGGUCUGAUUGAAAGUCUAAUAAUUGGCUGGAUUUUUGGGACUGAUCGCAUGUUUGAUAUCAUUGAGGACAUGUGUGAUAUAAGGCCAAAUGCAUUCUUCAAAUAUUGCUGGAAUUAUUUCACACCACUGAUGUGCCUUGGAACAUUAAUUUUUUACAUUGUAAAAUAUAAGCCCCUCAUGUAUAACAAUGUUUAUAUAUAUCCAAACUGGGCUUAUGGUAUUGGAUUUUUCAUGGUCACAAUUUCCCCUGUUCUGGUCAUUACAUGGGGUUUGGUGAAGCUAUACACCAGCUCAGGAUCACUAAAGGAGCGUUUUAAAAGCGUGUGUACACCAGAUGACAAACUCCCAAUGACCGAAAAUCAAAAAGUACAGUUGCAGAUCAGUGAGACUAUAGUGGCAGGAAUUUGA